GAGAAAAAGGUUUGGUUAUCUCUCUCUCUCUCUCUCUCUCUCUCUGCAGGAUCAAAAUCCGACGGUGGAGAAUCAAAGUGAUUCCAACGCUAGCUUAACGACCGAAAGCUUCAGAACGACUACUCACUCUCUUUAGUCUUUACUUCACAGUUCAGAUCUCUAAGCAAACCAAACCAAACCAACCAAAGACGAAGCUCAGUACGACUCUCUCUGCUCGGUCUCCACCUUCAGCUUAAACUUCAGGUUCAGGGAUUUUGUUCUUGUACGUUGAGUCCGUCCGUACAAAUGGAGACCAAAAAGAGUGGUCAUGGUGAGGUUAGGGUUGGAGAGGUCUGGUUGCUGACGUGCGCUUGGGAUGUUCUUGCCACUCUGCUUACCUCAGCCUUGCUGUCUUUAGCUCAGGAUCCUUUCCAGCUCUCAACUUGUGGACCAAAAAACCGAGGAGCCAAUGAGAAUGAAUAUUCCUACUCGGAAGCAGUUGAUGGUGAUGAAGAAAAGAACAAUGAUGGUGGCUUUGGGGACCCCGAAGAGGAGCCAUCUUCUGAAGAUGAAGAAGGAGCUGGGAACAAUUCUAAUGGUAAAAGCAACAACAGUUCCAAAGCUGGGGCUGGAGGCGAUGGGGGUGAAGAAGAUGAAGAGGAGGAGGAUAUCAACAACCGUGAUGAUAAUGAUGAUGGCGAAGUAGAUGGAGAUGAGGACAAGGAUGAUGAUGAAGAUGAAGACAACGAGGACGAGGAUGAAGGUGAGGACAAGGAUGAGGAAGAAAUUGUAGAAGAAGAUGAACCUGAUGAUGAAGAAGACGAAGAAGAAGAGGCCCUUCAGCCCCCAAAGAAGCGGAAAAAGUGAACUUUUCCUGGUUAUCAAAACUAUGCAAGAAUGCUGUUUAACUUUGUACUCCUUUAAAUAGGGAACCUUCCGUCCCAGAACUAUUUAGGCUAAUUCUGUUGUAUUUCUAGACAUUUUAUGGUCUAAUUAAAUGAAAAGAAAAGAAAAAAAUGGGCGCAGUUUUCUGUUAAAACUUAAAAA